ACUCAGUUUUCUUAUCUGUAAAAUGGGAAUAAUAACACUUAUCUCUACCUUACAGAAUUAGUAUGCAGUAGACCACUGUAAAAGUUAGGUGAAUUUCUGGAUGAGGAUUUUUCUGAGAGAGAAUUUCUGAAUCUUCUAGGGAGAAAUGAAAGGAUAUUGAGGCAAAUAGCUGUAGAGUUGACAAGAAAUAUGUCAAAGAAGGAAAAAAAAAUGGAAACAUCAGGCCUUGUAAGAUCUGAGUCUAUCCCGUCAGCAGUGCCCGGCAGGAUCAGUGGAAGGUCAGGGGCAAGGAGGGUCUGCGGGUGAAGAGGAUUAAUGGUGGGUUUGGGCUGGUGAACUCAGAUUGGAGGGAGUGGUGGCUGAGGGACAGGCGCCCCGAAGAGGUGGAGAGCAGACCGGGUGGGAGCGCAGGAGGGAGGAAGAAGCCAUGAAGGCAGGAGGCUGUGGGUGAUCAGCUGAUCAGUGCGGUUCUCCUGAGCCCCUGCUGCACGGCAGCCAUGGAGGAUACACGGGUACCCACGCCAGGCAAGUGGUCCCCUAGGACCUCACAGUCGAGGAAGAAGGAGCAAGGUGCUGAAGCUGGGCAUCCCAGAAAGGGCCCUCCUGGGACUAAGGAAAGCCCAUGGGCUGGAGGGUGGGGUUUAGGGAUGGGUCUGGACAGGGGCACAGAAGCUGGACCUUGGGGUGGGUAGAGGCGGGGUAUCAGAGUUUAGACUUCAUCCUGAGCGCAGAGAGGGGGCUAUCAAAUGUUUUAAAAGCAAGGAGUGAUCAGAUUUGUGCUUUAGAAAGACCCCGUAUAUACCAGGGAGAAAUUCUUCCACAUGUGCACAGGACGUGUGGGCAAAAACCUGUUUCACUAGCUGUGGCAGAGUCUGUCCACAAAAUAGCGAACCAGUGUUUCAUUAUCUGCUUGGACAAAACCUCAGAAGCAUAAUGCGGAGCUUUCAAAAAAGGAAGCUGUAGAAGGAUUGUAUUACACCAUACGUUUUAUGAAAGAGAAAAGAUCCUACUGCUGUGGAAAAUGGAUCAGAAAGGAGAAGAAUUGGGAGCCUACGUAGGAAAGUGUUGCGGGAGCCCCGGGAUGGCAGAGGACAGCGCCAUGGAGACCAGAGCCCAGGAAGGCAGGAAGGGCCCCCCGCACAGGGACAUGCCCCCGGGCCUGGGGCUGCUGCUGGCCAUGGCCCUCAUGAAUGCCCUCCUCUACCUCUGCCUUGACCGGCUCUUCAUCUCCCCCCGCCGUACCGAGGACCCCGGGCGCUGUCCCCAUGGCCACUUCCGGGUGGGGCAGAUGAGCAGCUGCUCCCCGUGGCUGAGCUGUGAGCAGCUGAGGACCGAGGUCCGGCAGCUGAGACGCGUCGGGGAAGGCGCCGUGAAGAGGGUGUUUCUGUCUGAGUGGAAGGAACGCAAGGUCGCCCUCUCGCGGCUCACUAGGCUGGACGUGAGAGAAGACUUCCUGCACGGACUGCGGAUGCUGAAGUCACUGCAGGGCCAGCACGUGGUCACGCUGCUUGGCUACUGUGAGGACGACCACACCAUCCUCACCGAGUAUCACCCCUUGGGCUCCUUGAGCAACCUGGAGGAGACGCUGAACCUGUCCAGGUACCAGCGCCUGAACACGUGGCAGCACCGUCUGCAGCUGGCCGUGGACUACGUGAGCAUCCUCAGCUUCCUGCACCGCAGCCCACUGGGCACGCUGGUCAUGUGCGACUCCAGCGACCUGCCCAAGACGCUGUCCCAGUAUCUGCUGACCGCCAACUUCAGCGUCGUGCUCAAUGACCUGGACGCUCUGCCGCUGGUGAACCGCAGCUCGGGGGCCCUGGCCAAGUGCGGCCACAGGGAGCUCCGCGGGGAUUUUGUGGCUCCGGAGCAGCUGUGGCCCUACGGAGAGGACGUGCCUUUUCGCGACGAUCUCAUGCCCGCGUAUGACGAGAAGGUCGACAUCUGGAAGAUUCCGGACGUGACCAGCUUCCUGCUGGGGCACGUGGAAGGCAGCGACAUGGUCCGAUUCCACUUGUUUGACAUUCACCAGGCGUGUAAGAGCCAGACGCCUGCCGAGAGACCCACCGCUCAGGACGUCCUGGACGCUUACCAGAAGGUUUUGGGUCUUCUCAGAGACUCCGGGAUGUCUCAGACCAGGGAGAUGCUGUGAAGACCCGCGCAGCCGUGGGGGCCGGGGGGCGGGGAGCUGGGAGGCGCGGAGCAGGGGGCAUGGCUGCAGCAGCGCUGCUCUCCUGGGGGUUCCUUCCUCUCCGUCCACGUGCGCGUGUGAUGCGCCCCCGCUCCCAGCAGCCUGGGCCGGAGGUGCCGAUGCAGAGAAGUGUCUGAAGGACGUAGCAAGAACGGAGCCAUGGAGAGCCUUCUAGCCGCUAGUAAUUGGGUUUGCUAACUGGUCAGAAAUGUGUGUAGAGAAGGUGUAAAUUAAUUUGUUUUUAAAGUGGAGGGACUGGGGAUUGAACCCAGGAUCUUGUGCAUGCUAAUUACGCACUCUACCACUGGGCUGUACCCUCCCCUGGAGAAGGGUUUAAACGGCAGUGUGCGGAAGACACACCCUACUUCUCCACAGUCAGGUGGAGUGUUUGUGGUGUAUUUCACCCGGGCUGAUGACGCCAUCUCUCCUGUUUUAAAUGGUGGUUCUGUGAAGCUCCUGUGUGUUCACUUCCCGGGAGCUGGCACGUCCUUUGACAUUUUGAGUUAUCAGGUAUGAUGGAAAUUAUGUCCUGUUACUGCCUUGGGUGAUGCUUGAGAGAUUCCUGUUUACCUUCCUGCUGGAUUUCCUGUGUCCAAAAUUAAUUAUUAUGAAUAUCUCACAUAAACAGUGUCACUCAUUACUGGGAAAUGUCAAGCUCUUCCACUUGAGUCGCAGGGGACUUUAGAAGCUCUUUCCGUGGUCACUGUCGUCCCUGUUGGCAGGGGAUGAGGGUUUGUGCAUGUUCAUCGUCACCAACAAGAGAUGAAAGCUGACAUAAGGGGCAGAGACGCGAUGCAGCCGACUGCCUUCCCUGCACUUUCUCAGGCAUCACGGUCACUGGAAUCCCAGGGAGCUCCCCCCAGUGUCUCCCCCAGUCUCUGACUCAGCCAGUCUGGGCGGAGUCCAAGACUUUGCAUUUCUCACUGGUUCCCAGGUGAUGCUGGUGCUGCCGGUCUGGGGAUCACAUUUUGAGAACCACCAUCCUGACCUGUCAGGGAGGGCAGCCCAGGCAGCAGGGUUGGGGUAUUAUCAGCAUUAGCCCUAUUCUUCUGCCUGAGGUUGAUUGGGUCCUAUGGGUCCUACGGUUGAUCAAAGAAUACAUUUGCCCAGAGUAUAUUAACAGUUGCCUUUUUGUUAUAAAAACACUGCCAGAACCCACUAGGAUGGCUGUCGUCACAAGGUUGGACAAUAACAAGUGUUGGCAAGGAUGCAGAGAAUUGGAACCCUCAUACACUGCUGGCGGGAGUGUAAAAUGGUGCAGCUGCUUUGGAAAGCAGUCUGGCAGUUCCUCAAAAAGUUGAAAAUAGUUACCAUGACCCCCCAGUAUUUAUCUAAGAGAAUUGAAAACAUGUCCACAAAAACCCUGUAUAGGAACGUUUAUCACUUUAUUAUUCAUGAGAGACAAAAGAUGAAAGUAACCCAGAUAUCCACCAGCUGGUGAAUGGAUAAAGAAAAUGUGGUCCAUCCAUAUGAUGAGAUAUCACUCAGCCAUGAAAAGGAUGAAGUACAAACGUGCUCCAACAUGGAUGAACGUGCUAAGUGAAAGCAGCCGUCACGAAAGACCACGUUUUGGAUGAUUCCCUUUAUAUGAAAUGUCCAGAAUCAAACCCACAGAAACAAAGUAGAUUAGUGGUCUCCAGGGGCUGGCAGGGGGUUGGGGCUGAAGAAGGGGUAGUGCUUGCUAAUGGGUACAGGCCUUCUUUUGGGGGUGAUGGUUACACAACUCUGUGAAUAUACUGAAUAAGACUCAAUUGUAUAAAAAGGGAAAAUUUCAUAGUAUGUGAAUUAUAUCUCAGUAAAGCUGCAAAAACUCCCACCUCUCCCACAGACUGCGUAUUCUUAUGAUCCUUUUCUCUUGACAUGGUUGUUCCUGUGUGUGGACUUGCUGAUUUGAUAUUACCCUGUUCAUGGUAUAAUUCAGGUUUGAGGGGUUUUCUUAGUUUUUGGACUUUGCACUGGAGCAAAACUUUCAGUUUCAAACGAACUUGUUUUUAAAUACUGAUGAUGGAGCCAAAGUGAAUGGCAUGGUGUAGGGCAAGGGACCCUGUGCCGGGAUCAGAAGAUCUGAGUUACAGUCCCAGCUCCGCCUCUGAUUCAUUGUGUGGCCUCCAACAAACAGAUUUCUAAAAUGAGAGGGUUGGUGAGAGGCAUGUCCAACUUCUGCUCUGCUUCUGAGUUCUCCCUGAUGCUUUAUCAUGCCAGUGCCGACACCAAACUGGACCUGGCCCUUUGGGUUCAAUCUUUAGAUCGUGCUCGGAUAUAAUUCAGUACUAACAGAACUGCAGAAUCCUAAGAGAAACUUACCUUCUAACUAAAACCUAAAUGGGAAGUUCAUUGUCCACGUGUCCAGCAAAAGUGUAAUCAGGAGAAGAGGCAGAUGAGGUGAACCAGCCCCAAGAAUUGGUGCUCACCCUGCUAACCUUAUUCCAAGUAUUUAAACAACAAAAAAAACCCCGUAUUUUUAUAGUGUGCUUUCUCAGUAUCUCAUGUGAUGCUUCAAAUACUCCAAGCUUCCAAGAGCCCUGGGGAUUGUAGGUGGUUCAACAGAGACAGGGCACAUGGUCCCCAAAUGAGGCAUAUGUAGGUGGGAGUGGCAUCAAAAUGUCCACACUUCCUAAAACAAUCUACAGAUUCAAUGCAAUCUCUAUCAAAACUCCAUUGGCAUUUUUCACAGAAAUAAGAAAAACAAUCCUAAAAUUCAUAUAGAAUCAUAAAAGACCCUGACUAGCCCAAGAAAUCUUGAGAAAGAAAAAUAAAUUUGGAGGGAUCACAAUUCCUGAUUUCAAAGUACAAUAUAACAAAUCUAUAGUAAUCAAAACAGUAUGGUACUGAUAUUAAAAAUAGACACAAACCAAUGGAACAGAUUUGAGAACUCCAUUAAAAACCUAGGUUUAUAUGGUCAACUAAUUUUGACAAGGGUGCCAAGAAUCCUUAAUGGUGAAAGGAUAGUCUCCUCAAUAAAUAGUGCUGGGAAAAUUGGAUAUCCACAUGCAAAAGAAUGAAACUGGACUCCUGGUUUUUAUCACUCACAAAAGUCAACUCAAAAUGGAUUAAAGACUUAAAUGUUAAUACCCAAAAUGGUAGCACUUCUAGAGGAAAAUAUAGGUAAAAAACUCCUUGACAUUGAUCUUAGCAAUGAUUUUUUUGGAUAGGACACCCGAAACCACAGGCAACAAAAGCAAAAAUAAACACCUGGGACUACAUCAAAUUAAAAAACUUCUAUACAGCAAAGGAAACAAUUAACAACGUGAAAAGGCAAUCUAUGGAGUGGGAGAAAAUAUUUAUAAACCAUCUAUUUGAUAAGUGGUUAAUAUCUAAAAUAUAUAAGGAAUGUUUGCAACUCAAUAGCAAGGAAACAAACAAUUCAAUUUAAAAUUGGGAAGAAUAGACGUUUUUCCAGAGAAGACAUACAAAUGGCCAACAGGUACAUUAAAAAGUUGCUCAACAUCACUAAUCAUCAGGGAAAUGCAAAUCAAAACUACAGUGAGAUAUCACUUCACACCUGUUAAGAGGGCUUUUAUAAAAAAGACAGCAGAGAAAGUGUUGUCGAGGCUGUGCAGAAUUUGUGCCCUCUUGGUAGGAAAGUAAACUUGUACAGCCACUUUGAAAAGCGUUUUAGAGUUUCCUCAGAAAGUUUAAAAUAGCACUAUAGUAUGAUCCAACAAUCCCUCAUUUGGGACUAUAUCCAAAGGAAAUGAAAUAAGUCUCUCAGAGAGAUUUUUGUGCUUCUCUUUUCAUUGCAGCAUUAUCCACAAUAGCUGAGAUAUGAAAACACCAUUUCAUCCAUCACUGUAUGAAAGGCUAAAGAUGUGAACACACACACACACACAUACACAAAAAUACUAUUCAGCCAUGAGAAAGAAGGAAAUCCUGCCAUUUGCAACAACAUGGAUGAACCUAGUGGAUAUUAUGCUAAAUGAAAUGAGCCAGACAAAGAAAGACAAAUACUGUAUGAGCUCACUUAUCUGUGGAAUUAACAAAAUUAAACUCACAGAAGCAGAAUAGAAGGGUGGUUACUGGAGGCUGGGGAGUGAAGGAAAAAGGGAAGAUGCUGGUUAGAGGUACAAGUCUUCAGUUAUAAAAUGAAGAAGCUCCGGGAAUCUAGUGGACAGCACGGUGACUACAGUUAAUAAUACUGUGUUGUACAUUACAUUUUCUAAGAGUAGACCUUAAACACUGUCACUCCAAAAAAAAAAAAAGUAACUGAAGAGAUGAAUGUAUUAAAUAACCUAAUUGUGGGAAUCAUUUCACAAAAUAUACUUAUGUCAUUAUUAUGUGGUACACUUUAGAUAUAUAUAAAUUUAUUUGUCAGUUAUAUGUCAAUAAAGCUGAGAAACAAUUUAGAGCAUUUUCAUCAUCUCAAAAAAAAAAGCCCCAAAACAAAACCAAAAAAACCUCAUACUUGUUAGCUGUCACCCCUAUCCUCCCAUUUCCCCCCAGUCCUAACCAUAAACAGCCACCGAUCUACUUUCUGUGGAUUUCUCUAUUCUGGACUUCGUAUGUGAACUUUUGUGAUUGGCUUCUUUCACUCAGCGUGAUGUUUUCAAGGUUUAUACAAGCCGAGUCGUGCCUCAGUACUCCAUUUUUAGAGCUGAGUGAUACUCCAGCGCACGGAUAUAUAUCACAUCCUGUUUAUUCCUUAUUCCACUGAUGGACAUUUGGGUUGUUUCCACUUCUGACUAUUUAAAUAAUGCUGAUAUAAGUAUUUGUGUACACGUUUUUGUGUUUUCGUCUCUUUUUUUUUUUUUUUACCUUCUUUUGGGGGGGAGCGUGCAGUAAUUAGGUAUUUAUUUAUUUAUUUAUUUAUUUAUUUAUUUAUUUAUUUAAAUGGAGGGACUGGGGAUUGAACCCAGUACCUUGUGCAUGCUAAGCAUGUGCUCUACCACUGAGCUAUACCCUCCCUCCUGUAUACCCAAGACUGGAUCUACUGGGUCAUUUGGUAACUCUACAUUUAAUCAUUUGAAGAACUGCCAUUAAACAGACUGUUUUCCAAAACAGCUCCGCCAUUUUGCAUACAUUUUGCAAGUGUAUGAGGGUUCUGAUUCCUCUACAUUAUCUGACUUUUUGAUUAUAGCUAUCCUAGUGGGUAGGGAGUGGUAUCUCGUGGUUUUUCCUUGGGGUGUGUUUACUUUCAUAUGUUUUUAGAUGAGGCUUCUGAUACUUGCAAUUUGAGUGUCUUUACUGUUAAAAUCAGUCUCACAGAUCCUCUGCUUCUUUAAAAAAAAUUUUUUUUGAGGUAUAGUUGAUUUACAAUGUUAUGUUAGUUUCUGGUGUACAGCAAAGUGAUACAGUUAUACAUCCUCUUACAUGUAAAAUGGGAAUGAUAAUAACUUUCUUCUAGAGUGGGUUUUCCCCCUUUUUAAAUUACGGUAAAAUACACAUAAAAUUUACCAGUUUACUAUAGGUAACUGUUCAGUUCAGUGGCAUUAAGUACAUUCAUAUUGUUGUGCAAACAUCACCACCAUCCAGCUUCAGAAAAUUUUCAUCUUCCUCAAGUGAAACCAGUUAACACCAACUCCCCAUUUAACCCACGCUUCACAACCUCAAGUCCCUGGCAGCCACCAUAAUGCUGCUAUGAGCAUGAGUGUACAAUUAUCUGUUUUGAGUCCCCGCUCUAAAUUCUUUUGGGUCUAUACCCCAAAGCAGAAUUCCUGGAUCGUGCAUUAAUUUUAUGUUUAAUUUUUCUGAAGAACCACCAUACUGCUUUCUACAAAUGGCUGCACCAUUUUACAUUUCCAUGAGCAAUUUCUCCAUAUCAUCAUCAACACUUGUUAUUUCCCUUUUUUCUUUCUUUCUUUCUUUUUAAUAGUAGCAUCCUAAUGGGUGUGAAGUGGCAUCUUAUUGUGGUUUUGGUUUGCAUUUCCCUAAUGCUUAGUGAUGUUGAGUAUUUUCAUGUACUUAUUGGCCAUUUGUAUAUCUUCUUUGGAGAAAUGUCUAUUCAAGUCCUGUGCCCAUUUUUGAAUCAGGUUGUUGGAUUUUGCUGCUGCUAAGUUGUAGGUGGUCUUUAUAUAUACUGGACGUCAAUCCCUUAUUGGAUAUGUGAUUUGCAAAUAUUUCCUCCUGUUCCAUGGUUGCCAUUUCACUGUUGAUAGGAUGCACAAAAUUUUUAAUUUUGAUGAAGUCCAACUUAGCUAUCUUUUCUUCUGUCGUCUGUGCUUUGGUGUCAUAUCCAAGAAAUCAUUGUUAAAUCCAUUAAAAUGAAAAUUUUUCUUCUAAGACUUUUAGAGUUUUACCUCUUGGAUCCAUUUUGAGUUAACUUUUAUAUACAGCAUCCAACCUCAGGUUUUUACAUGUGGCUAUCCAGUUUUCCCAACAUCAUUACCCCUUCCCCAUUGAAUGGUCAUGGCACCCUUGUCUAAAACCACUUGAUCAUGAGAGUGUAUUUCUGGGCUCUCUAUUCUUUUUGUUUUAAUUGAAAUAUAGUCAGUUACAAUGUGUCAAUUUCUGGUGUACAGCAUAAUGUCCCAGUCAUAUAUAUAUACACCUAUACUUGUUUUUGUUUUCAUAUUAUUUUUCAUUAAAGGUUAUUAUAAGAUAUCGAAUAUAGUUCCCUGUGCUCUACAGAAUACAUUUUUAAAAAAUCUAUUUAUAUAUAUAUAGUGUGCUCUCUCUUCUUUUCCAUUGGUCUAUAUCUCUCUUUACCACUCUGCCAGUACCACAUUGUUUUGAUUAUCAUAGCUUUGUAGUAGGUUUUGAAAUCCAGCGUGAGAAAACUUCAACUUUGUUCUUUUCUUUCUCAAAAUUGUUUUGGCUCUUCAGAAUCCUUUAUGAUCCCAUAAUAAUUUUAGGUGGCUUUUUCUAUUUCUGCAAAAAACACCAUUGGGAUUUUGAUAGGUGUUACACUGAAUCUGUAGACUGCUUUUGGGUAGUAGUCACACAUUAACAAUAGUAACUCUUCCAGGCCAUGAACAGGGGAUUCACUGUGGAUUUGAUUUGCAUUUUCCUGAUGGCUAAUGAUGUUGAGCAUCUUUUCAUGUCCUCAUUGGCUAUUUGUAUGUCUUCCUUGGAGAAGUGCCUAUUCAGAUCAUUUGCCCAAUUUUUUUCUUUGCCCAUUGUUAAACCAAGUGGUUUGGGUUUGGUUCUUGCUGAGUUACUGGAGUCCUUUAUAUAUUCUGUAUAUAAGUUACUUAUCAGAUACGUGAUUUGAAAAUAUUUUCUCCCAUUUGGUGAGUUGUAUUUCACUUUCCUGACAGUGAAGAACAGAAGUUUUAAAUUUUGAUGAAGUCCAGUCGAUCUACAUUCACUCAUGCUUUUGAGUAACAAAGAACCCAUGGCCCAAUCCAAGGUCGUGAAGAUUAACCCCUAUGUUUCCUUCUAAGAGUUUUAAAGUUUUUGCUCUUACAUGAAAGUCUUUGACCUAUUUUGAGAUAAUUUUUGCCUGUGGUGUAAAGUAAGGCUUCGGCUUCAUCCUUUUGCAUAUAUGCCUGUCCAGCUGUCCCAGAACAAUUUUUUGAAAUGUCUACACUUGUUUAUGUUCCUUUGUCUCCUCCUCCCACUGAAGUCAGAGCUUUGCUACUACUACUGCUCUGAAACUGCUGUCACCAGAUCACUUGUGACCUGAUAGCUAAAUCGAAUGGAUGUUUCAGUCCUUUUUUUUUUUUCUUGAAAUAGUCCUUGAUUUCUGCAGUAUCCCAUUCCCCUUGUUUUCUCCUACCACUCUGGCUGCUGCUUCCCAGCCUCUGCCCAUCCCAAGGGCUCCUGGUGUUUCUGUUCUCAGCCCUUCACAUGUUACCUGGGUAAUCUCAUCCCCUUUUAUGAUUUCACUUCCACCUAUGUACUGAUUUUCCCCCAAUAGUUACCUCUCUUGACCUUUAUCAGUUUUAUUCACAGAUCACAUCUCUGAUGAGGGAUUGAUCACCAGCAUAUAUAAAGAACUCCUACAGCUCAACAACAACAACAAAAAAACCCCUGCAAACCAUCCAGUGAAAAAAAUGGGACUUGAAUAGACAUUUAUCCAAAGAACAUCACAAACUCAGCAUUUCCUAAAUGACUCUCCUCUGCUUCACAUUUGCUGCUGCAUGUGUUCUUCAUCUGUACAUGACACUCCAUCCUGUGAUUUCCCAAGGGACAAACCUGAUUUAUAUAUAAUAACAUGCAGCCAUGUUAAGUGUACAUUUCAAUAAUUUUUGAUACAUUUAUAUCCUCAUGUCACCACCCCUACAGAUAAAACAACAAAACAUUUCUAGCUGUCCUGGAAUUUCCUGUGUACCCCAUCACAUUCAGUCCUUCCUCUACUGCUGGCCCUAGAGCAAUGCUCUCUGCUUUAUUCUUUGAAAGAUUUGAAUUUCUUUUCCCGAGUUUCAUGUAACUGGAAUCAUACGGUAUGGUAUAUACCUUUUUGUGUUUGUCUUCUUUUGUUCAGUGUAAUGCUUAUGAGAUCCACUCAUGCUUAUUGCAUAUAUAUUUUGUUAAAUUUACUUACAUAUUCAUUUAAAAGACCUAUUGUAAAUGCUAUUUUAGAGACUUCAAGGUCCCAUUUUGUUUAUGUCUAUGAUAUAAAAAUGCAAUUGAUCUUUGUAUAUUGAUGUUGAGUUUUGUAACCUUUUAAGUUACAGCAGCUCUUUUUUUUUUUUUUGUAGAUUCCUUAAGAUUUUCCACAUAUACAAUCAUGCCAAGUUUGAAUAAAGCCAAUUUGUGUGCUUUUUA